CAGAAGCAGGGCGAGCAGGUCAGUCGGAGGGUACAUCGUUGGAGCCAAGAUCCUACUCUGCGGUACACGAUUCUCUCUGCAAGCUUGUGGGGACGAGAAAAAACAGACGAGGAGCAUGAGCUUGGAGCUGAGUAGAGAGCUGCUCGGAGCAGUCAGAUCAGAGGUUCGGCCGAAAGUCACACCAUCUGCGUCGGAGUGCAGAGACCUCUGACUACGACGACGACUCUGAUCGAUCGAGCGAGAAUAGUGAGUGAUGGAGAUGAUGGGCCCGUGCAGUGCAGCUCUCUCGAGCUCGUGAGCUCGUCUUCUCAGUCAUCGUGGCGCAUCGUGCCUGCGUGCGUGCCGGGCCGACGGAGCCACGGCUAGGUUCGAGUCUUAAAAUAGCAGGACUAUUGACGAAAACGACGUCCCACUGCUGCUGCUGCUGCAUUGGACCUUCCAUGGGUAGUAGAGAAGCACCAGCGAGCUCAUGAGGUGCCGGACAAGCUAAGAACCUGUUUUCUCAGCUGACUGUAAUAGAGCUAAGCCGAUCUGAUAAGAGCAGAGCAGGUCAGGUCAGAUCAAAUUAGACAAUACGAAGGCCGUUAUUGUGCCCACUACAACUUCGGCUAACUGCUGCAGUUGCUGUCGAUGUGCAUAAUCAGCGAGUUAGGAGAAUGUCUCCUGGAGUAUUCGCCGAAUUUUCCAGGCAUUUUCCCUGAAAUCCGUCAGCUAAUCCGAAAGUCGUACAGUCAGUCCGAUCCGGGAAAUCUGCAGCUUUAGCCUUCGUGAACAGAACAGGAAAGGAAAACAGGUCGGAGCUUGCAGGUGCUGAAGGAAGGAAGGAAGAAAUUGGAAAAGGUCUCAUGGUUGAAAUUCAGCGCGAAGAGUGAGACUGUUCACAACUGGUUCCGCUCUUUUUGCCGAGACAUUAGGCCCGCGGUGGCAUGUUCAUGGCAUGCCCUUGACUAGCAUGGAUAAAGCCACUGAAGCUUGAGCUGAGCGUGGGCGCGUGCGUGCGGCCAUCAGGCCUCGUCCACAGCGGUUGUCACUGGAUGAAGGUGCGAGUUCGUGGGGAUAGAGCACAGCAGAGCUCAGGCCGGUGAGGAGGUGGACGGUUGUUCUCUUUUUUGUUCGGUCCCCGCCGGUCGACGGAUCGGGGUCGGAGCUGUGCUUAAUUGUGGGUGGGUUCUAAGUGAGGACGCCUGUGGCGCCUGGAUUCUGGUUACUGCUUUAUCAGUAGAUAAAGCAGAACAGGGGAAGCAUUUGCCGGACAGUAGUUAGAUGCGCCGACUGGACAGGAAGACUCGGGAUCGGAUUGCCUACAGUCGGCAGAUUGGCCCCUCAAGUUGGUUGAUCACCCCGCUUGACGGCCUGGGUUUGGAUCGUUAGCCUGCUGGUCAUGUUUUAGGCUGUACUGGUUGUGCUUUGAGGUUCAAGGCAUUGCCCAACACCGAGUCAUAGGACAGAAGUACGGGAAAGGAAAAGCAGCUGCCGCAGUUUGAGACAGAGUUGGUGAUGAGGAGGAGCUUGUGAUUGUUUGCUUCAAGACAUUGAUCGGUGGGAAUUGGUGACGCUUCUCGCAAAAUGAGUAACAUUCAGAGAACGAUUAUAGGGCUGUCAGCCGUUGGACUGAUCGUCCUGUUGCUGAAUAUGUUCGGAAAUCGUCCUUCUGCCCUUGCUUAUAAUCGAGUUGGGGUCGAUGAUUCUACGAUUUUGAGCCCUUAUGAGUCGCAAGCUGAGAGAGGAUGGCAUAAUCCCAGACUAGAAGCAGUGAACCGCAAACUGGAAGCAAAGUUGUGGGGUAAACCUGGCCCAGUGCUGGAGCCCUGUUGGAGCACGGGUCUCACCAAGCAAUAUGAAAAGACUUGGGGCUUCGUGGUCGUAACGUGCUCAAAUGGCCCUCACAAUCACCGUGCACAGAUAGCCGACGCUGUUGUGGUAGCGACACAACUCGGAGCUACUCUUGUAUUGCCGAAUGUGAAGGAAGCCCAGAAAGAACCGAACAGCCGGUUUGAUGAUAUCUACAACGUCAGGAAUUUCAUUUCCAGUUUGGAAGGAGUGGUCCGGGUUGUUGGGCAGUUGCCUAAGGACUAUGCCAAAGGCAACAAAACCAUCACGAGUAUACCACUGAAAGUUGGUCGAGAAUAUAUCGAACAGCAUGUGCGUCCUGUAUUUAAAAGGGACGGAGUAGUGUACCUUGGGAAUUUCCUACCUGCGAUGAAGAGCGAGAAGGAGGACCCCGAGCUGGCAGCCAUUCGAUGUCUUGUGAUGCACAAGGCUCUGGAGUUCGUCAUCCUCAUACAAAAGCUGGGAAAUCGCCUGCUCAACAGGAUGCGAGAAGCCGCACCUAAGUCAGCUGGUAAUCGGUUCGUAGCAAUAGAUCUGCAGGUGGAUUUACUUCGCCAUAAGACGUGCAACGCUACAAUUGCAAAGAAGAAGAGGUGUCUGGAGCCCACUGAGGUCGGACAGUUCUUAAAAAAGCUGGGCUAUCCCACCGAGACAGCUCUUUAUCUGACUCAGUCACGGUGGGAGCCUAUCCUGGACUCGCUUCAGCAGAUGUACCCAAAUGUGCACACAAAGGAAUAUAGCAUGCCUUUCAAUGAGGAGAACCAGUAUCUUUUCUCUGGCAAGACUCAGUUUGAGCAGGCAGUUGAUUUCUACAUAUGUUCGUGGAGCGAUGUUUUUGUACCAACGGUGCCAGGAGUAUUUUACGCUCACGUUUCCGGGGAGCGAAUCACCGAAGGACUCAACCAUAUUCUGGUUCCUGCUUUGAAGAACAAGCCCGGAUCGACCAAGUUACAAGUGUCUGGAGCAAUCUCACCGUAUGUCGAGAAAAAGAGUCACCCCGUCUACACUUGCUACUGUGAACCUCCCUCAAAAGCUGCAGCCAAGAGGAGUCAGGGCCCCUUCGCCUUAUCUGAAGCGACAGUCUCGAAGCUGUCAACUAGUGCAGGGAAGAGGGAAGGUAGGAGUAAGAAGAGUGACAAGGAUGUAGUGUUGUAGGAUGAAAUGGUAGAGCUGAAAGGAAGGGAGAGAGCAUCAUAAUUCUUUAAAGGUACGCUUUUUGUAGCAGUCAAGGCUUAGUCUACAAAUGGAGUGACUUUUCGAAACGGAUGUAGGUCAACUGUAGGAGAGAGAGGAGAGAGGGAGACGAUGAGAGUGGGGCUGUUGAAAAGCUUGUACAGGACGGAUGGUUGAAGGUCUCGCAGAAGAGACCACUGAAUCCAGAGGCUACUGGCUGAUGGAAACUUCCAUGUGAUAGAAGCAAGGUCCCUUAUUCAGCACCUUGAUUGACAGGAGGUUCAGUCUGGGCCAGUGAAGGACCGGUGUCGAAGGCACCAUGAGGAAGUCAUGUGUUCAUGAUUUGAAUAUUUGAUCUAGUGUACAUUUUGGAGUCCAUCCGUUUAUCCAUGGGCUUCAGCGAAGACCCUUUAUCGAGGAUUGUAGAUACAGCACGUGUGGAAAAGCACGAUGUAUAACUCUUAAUUUAACAGCAAUUUUGCAACUCAUGAGCUUCGUGCAGGUUUCUCCUUCAUGGAAAAGAAAUGUGUGCUACCUGGCUGUGAUGCACUUUAGUUGAGGCGGAUCAUUUUAGGAAUAUUUUCCGCUCGGUGUUCCUUUUCUUCUGGACUGCAGAGACGUGUUUCCCGUCGCUCU